AUGGAAUCAUGUCCAUUGAGUGACGAUCGGUUAGAGAAGAGAGAGACUCAACAAGAAGAACUUGUCGUUUCACAUGCACACUAUAGCGGUGAACAUCAGUUUGUAUUCACAGACAGUGGUCCUAAGAUUUCUUCUUUGGGCAUUGAGGAGCAGAAAACCGUGGUCGAUCCUCUGUCUUUGAUCGUCCAAGACUUUACCCUUAUAAAAGUACGACCAUAUGAUCCAAUUAAUGUGUACAAGACUGUUCACUGUGACGGUUUGUUGUUGUAUGUCAUGGACAACCAGCUUCUAGUUUGGAACCCGUUACUGAAAGAAACAAGUUGGAUCAAAUGCGGCAGCGACUUUCACCAUCGUGAUGAUACCUACAGCCUUGGAUACCUCAGCUAUUGUGAUUACCGGAUCUUAAGGUUUCGGCGUGCUAGUAAUUCCAGAAAUAGGCCUUCAAGAGUUGAGGUAUGUGAAGCUGCAUCCAAGACACGGAAAGUAUAG